UUAUAAGUCAAAAUUUUAAAAUUAUUUCUUCUAAAGUUACUGCAGAUUGUAGUUCUAUAAAUUGAUUAAUUAAUAUUAGCGGCUUGGUAAUAUCGAUUUACUUUAAUUAAAAUCUGUUUUUCUCAGUUGCAUCUUCUGCACUUCCUUACGAUCUCUCUUUUUUAACGUAAAAGCGUGACAUAACCGUGUCAUAACCUUAAGUCACUAAAGAGAUUUGUACUGUAUUAAUGAGAUUAAUCAAAUAGUACGGCAAAUUACUUCAGCUACUUUUGUUACGGCGAUGACAGUCAAGAAUGAAAAGACAGAGGAAAAGAAACAAGAUGACAGCAGUCCUGGAGAAAAAGUAUCAGAUAAAUUACCUGUUGAUCAUGUAUGGGGAGCUGAUAUGUAUCCUGAGAGAAAAGGAACAAAACUGAAACAAAGCUGGAUCAAAACAAUGUUUGGUUUUGCAGAAAGAGAAUCACUGGACAAUGUCAGAUGCGAAGCCAAUGUAUAUCAUUGUGUAAAAAAUAGUCCUAUAGUAAAACUCAUGAUGGCAGCAUUGAAAAGUUCAGGAUGUGAAAUAGAUAUUCGAAGGCAUAUUUCCUGUGAAGUAUGUAAUACACUAGUAACGGGUGGAUAUGACUCAGAAUUAAAUCAGGUUGUUAUCUGCCAAAAUUCAGCUGGUAGUAAAGGACUGGUACAGGCUGCUCUCCUACAUGAAAUGAUUCAUAUGUUUGACUACUGCCGCAACAAAUUGGACCUGAAGAAUAUUGAUCAUCUGGCCUGCACAGAAAUUAGAGCAGCUAAUAUUGGUCAUUGUAGUUUCAUGGGUUCAUGGUUUCAAGGAUUUUCAUCACCUAUCAAUAUAAAAGCGACGCAUCAGAAUUGUGUUAAGAAUAAAGCUAAGAUGUCAAUAAUGGCUGUGCACAAGGUAAAGCCAGAGGUAGCUGAAGCAGCCAUAGAGAGAGUGUUCACCAAGUGCUACAAUGAUCUGGAGCCAGUUGGCAGAAGAAUUCGUAGAAAUUCGGAAGAUAUGAUGAGAGCAUACACGGAAGCGUAUUUGUAUGGGUAUUCAUAAAUAUAUAAAUAUAUAAAUUA